AUGCUGUUGGUGACGGACGCAACAAAACUCCCUGAAAUAUACCACCGUAAUGCCAACAAGUCUCAGCAUUACAUCACUGGCUCGUUCGGCAAGACAGAAUCUCUGUUCAACAUGCAAGAUCAUACGGUCCAUGCUCGCUACCGCAAGAUUGCAGCUGCACCCUACGCCUUCUCCAACAUCAAGAAGAUGGAACCGCUGCUUGACCAUCAUAUCGAUCGUUGGAUAGAAAAGCUGGACAACAACUUUGCCUCGCCUGGAAAACGCUUAGAUUUUGCACCGUGGGCAGUUUACCUGGUGUACGACAUUGUCUCCGACGUUGGGUUUGGCCAGCCUUUCGGCUUCAUCGAGCAAGAAAAGGACGUUGAAGGACUCAUUCAAGGUUUCCACGACGGACUAGUGCCAUUCGGAAUCAUGGCCCGCUGUUGGCCGUUCACAAAUUGGGUGAAGAGCACCUUCCUCGGCAAGUACUUGGUGGCGACACCCGAGCAGGAUUCUGGGAUUGGUACCUUGAUGAGAUUUCGAGACCGUCUGAUUGCUAAGAGGUUUGAGGAUAUUGAGAAGGGGGCCACAAACGGCCGGAUUGAUCUACUUCAAACGUUCAUUGAGGCUCGAGACGAAAAGGGAGAGCCACUCGACUUAGAGUAUAUCAAGGCAGAAAUUCUGCUCGUCCUUCUUACUGGCGCAGAUACUACCGGAACCGCAUUCCAGGCCUUCAUGAUUCACGUAUUGACACACCCGGAGGUCUACGAGCGUCUUAUGGAAGAGAUUGACACGCAGACACGGGCAGGCAAUCUUUCAGAUAUACCUCAGUAUGCCGAAGUUCAAGCUCACUGCCCUUACUACACAGCCUGUGUUCGGGAAACACUACGUCUGAAUCCAUCGGCACCCAACAUCUUCCCUCGAAUCGCAGGAGCGGGAGUGCAGCUGUUUGGACAGCACGUCCCCGAAGGUACCGAACUAACCUGCAAUCCAUGGCUCGUGCAUCGUGAUGAAGCGGUUUUUGGGCCUGAUGCAGAAGUCUUCCGACCUGAAAGAUGGCUGGAAAGUGAAGAGAAGACGAAGGAAAUGCUGAAGUACAACAUGGGCUUUGGGUACGGUGCCAGAGUAUGCCUUGGGCGCGACUUGGCCAUGAUGGAACUUUCCAAGGCCCCUCUGCAGCUGUUCCGGAGGUUCAAGCCAGAGGCCAUUAACAAAACUGAUCCCGGACGAUACGUUGUCAAGGGCGGUGUCAGUUUCUACGAGGAUAUGUGGAUCAACAUCGAGCGACGGCCCAAGACUCUACAAAUAUGA